AAAUCUAUGUACGUCCUGUCAAAAAAUUAAUAUUCAAUUUAACGAUCAAUCGAAAGAUUAUCAUCUAUAUGAAUGAUAAUCGAAUCUUUCAAAUUUGCCGCUAAUGAAAUUGGCGAGAAGGCAGCACCGUUGAACUUCCAUGAGUAAGACAAAGAUGCACUGUCGGGGCUCUUACAUAUAGGCCCCUUUUGUCGACUAAAGUUUUAUCGUUUAAAAAUGAUACACGCAAGCCGUAUUUUAUACGCUGAUAUCAAACGUUCGAAGCUAUUUUGCAACAACAAUUCUUCUCUUAACAGUAAGGGAAAAAAAAGGAAAGCGAAGAAAUGGUCGAUAAAAAGAGUCGAUACGAAUAGAUAGGAGGUACAAAAGGGGAAAAGAGAUGGAGAGAAUGGGUACGAGAGUGGGGAUACGAUGGACGAUGCUGAUUGGUGGAAGGAGAGCAAGUGAGUAUUGGUUGGGUGGAUUAGACCGAUAGCGGAGACCGUUUCGCGGCGUGGCGCAGCGUAUAGAAAAGCGGCAGGAUCAGUUUGCAUUUGAACGUCGCGGUGUUUCUUUCGCGCUAUUUCGCAAGCGAGUUUGUUUCGAGCUAUCAAAAAGAUUUCUCCGAGAUAAUAACGUAGUAAUAAUCGUAGUAAUAAUCGUAUUAAGCUGACCAUAAUUGGAACGAUAAAAUCAAAUUUAAAUAGGGAAAUUGCGAAAGAAAAAGAACAUUAUUUGCCUAAACGUCUCUUUCGACUUUCUAUACGUUUCUAAUGCAAGAAGGCGCAACUACGAAGAAGAUUUUCUCUUUCGAUGUGAAAGAACAGUGAGAAGGAACAGUGGUAAAAAGGGGAGACGUAAGAAAAAAGAAAAUCAAGAAGUCGCGGGUCGUUGAACGAGCGCGCGCGCAGGGGCGAAACCCUCUGGUCUCGUGUCUCGUCGGUGUGUGUAUACGCGAAUACCCUCUCUCGGGCGCGCGCGCGCGCGCGCGCACGAGCGGGAGUGAGAGAGAGAGAAGAGACGCGCGUGCGCGUCCCGCGUAUCGCACGGCCAAGGAGAGCGAAAAACGCAAUUGAAGGAAGAACAAGUAGAAGAGAAGAAGAAGAAGAAGAAGAAGAAGAAGAAGAAGAAGAAGAAGAAGAAGUAGCAGAAGCAGAAGAAAGAAGAAGGAGGAAAGAGGAGGAAAGGAAAUAGGCGGAGGUCGGAGGACGGUCGGAAGAGCGCAAAUUUACCGAAUUGAUGAGAUUUUAAUUCUCAUCUUAAAAGACUUACGAGAUUCGAGAGAAGAAGAUAGGCUUGCGUAUCGAUAUAGUAAGGAGUCUCUUCUUUUAAAGCGAGAGGGAAAACGAGUGCGUGCGUGCGUGCGUGCGUGCGUGCGUGCGUACUCGCUCGCUCGCUCGCGUGCAUGCGUGUGUACGCAAGAGGCAGGGCCAGCAGAGAGGUGGUGCGUGUCGUCGAGUGAGGAGAGAGCCUCGAAAGAAGAGAAAAACAAAACACUCUCGGGUGAAAAGCAAUGCGGGUUCAUUGACUGCGCGCGUCAAGCAAUGGCCGCAUGUUCGUGCCCGGUGCAUAGUGCGCGCGUGACAGGAGCUGCAACGAGAAGGAGGAGGAGCUCGAUCGAGGAUACGACGAGGACGAGACGAGCAUUCCCGACGUCUACCACGUCGACGUCCUCGAAGGCUGCCCACGAGACCGAACGGUGCACCGCCGACGAACUCGUGCGAACUCGGCAAACUCGAUUAUAAAAGAUCGAGAAAGCAGCCCGUUGAAAGGGACUACAUAAAGGAAUAAAGGAAGGAGAGAAAAAGUGCCCGUUCUCGAAUGGACUGGGAUCUAUCGAGAAUCGUUGGAGGAUGCUGCGUUGUCGUAUUGGUUUUCUCCGUUGCUGACGGAGAGUGGACGCGCGCGCGUGUGCGUGCGUGUUGAGCGAAAAAGCGUUGACGAGUGAUAGUAGAGUGAUAGGAAACGCGUGUGCUUUAACCAGAGGUAGGAUCGAAGGAGAAAGAAGAAACGGAGAUAGAAACGACGAUAGAAACGGAACUAGAAGGGAGUAGAGGCUAGUCGCUCGUCAUCGUCGCCGACUUCAACCUUUGGCGCGUUCCUUCUUGUCAGCGACACUAGGUGUGCUCCAAGAGAGAGAAAGAAGAAAGCAGGUGAUCAAAUUGUGCAGAGCGAGAGCGAGAGCGAGAGCGAGAGAGAGAGAGAGAGAGAAAGAGAGAGAAAGAGAGAGAAAGAGAGAGAGAGAGAGAGAGAGAGAGAGAGAACGGCGGCCAGUUGAAACCGGCAACCACGCGGUGGACAUGAUUAUUUCAAAGGAUCUCUUCCUCCUUGGCGACCAAGAUUAUCUGCGCCUUCCCAACAACGAGAAGCGCCAGCAACGGGCAAUGGGCCGGCCGAUCAUCAAUGCUCCCAGAGUGGAAAGCUCGACCCUGCAGUUGGUCUGCCCGUUGGAUUCUCGUCCGGUGCAGCUAAUCUUUAGAGGACUGCAGGUGGUCAAGGAGAAACGGGCGCUUCUUCGAGAUGUUUCGGGAGUCGUCAAGCCGGGCGAGCUCUUAGCCGUCAUGGGCCCUUCAGGAUGCGGGAAAACGACUUUGUUGAAUUGCCUCUCCGGAAGGGUCAGUCUGGACGGCGGAGAGAUUUGGUUGAAUCGCGAGAGGCUCACGAAAAGAUGGCGUCGUAGGAUUUGUUACGUACAACAACAAGACGUUUUCUUUCCUGAUCUCACGUUACGACAAACCUUGGAGUACCAGGCGAGGCUGAGACUUCCGGACACGCUGACACACUCGCAGAAGAUGCAGUGCGUCGACCAUAUCAUCGAGGUUCUCGACCUCGCGGCCUGCCAAGAUACCAUUAUCGGCGAUUAUACGAAGCGAGGACUAUCCGGCGGUGAAAAAAAGCGAACGAGCAUAGCCUGCGAACUACUCACGAAUCCGUCCUUGAUGCUACUCGACGAACCAACGAGCGGCUUGGACUCGCACUCCGCGCAGGCUCUGAUCUCACGUCUUAAAAAGUAUGCCGAGCAAGAGGGCAAGAGUAUCGUCGUGACCGUGCAUCAGCCGAGUUCACGGAUGUUUCAUAGCUUCAGUAAACUUCUAUUGCUAAGCCGUGGCCAGGUCGCCUAUUAUGGUUCAACGGCGAACAUCGGCAGGUUCUUUUCGACGAUCGGAUUGACUCUUUUGCCUCAUUACAAUCCAGCAGACUUUAUACUCGAGCAAAUAAAGGGCCCGGAGGAAGUACGAGAACGCAUAGUUGCUGCAGCUCGAGCGGCGAGACAGGGACCCGACUGUCCGCCGGAACUUCGUCCGGACUAUAAUCCCAGCCAACAUCCGCUCUGCGACCAUCUCAUCCAUUAUCACGAACAUCACAUCGGGCACAACGGAAAGGAAGACGAAGGAGGCACCUUAUGGCUGGACACGCAGAGUCAUGCCAGCAGCAGCGCAAAUUCCGCGGACGACGAUUAUUCCUGGCAGUGGCCAACCAGUUUCUGGUCGCAAUUCAAAGUAUUAUCGGAAAGAAAUUUUCAAGAGGCACGACCAAGAAUGCUGUCUCGCUUAAAUUGGCUACAAACGAUAGCCCUAGGCUUGUUGGCCGGUCUUUUAUGGCUGAGGCUACCUAGGACCGAAGCUGCCCUUCACGACAUUCAAGGAUGGAUGUUCUUCAGCACCACGUAUUGGAUGCUCUUCGCACACUUUGGUGCACUCUCCAGUUUUCCUCCGGAACGGGAGGUUAUCAACAAGGAGCGAUUAUCAGGAUCGUAUCGGCUGUCGGCCUAUUACUUGGCGAAAAUGGUCGGCGAGCUGCCAUUGACGAUAACAUUACCCGCCGUUUACCAUAUCAUUAGUUACCCAAUGUUGGGCUUCCAGAGCCCGGCGGUCUUUGUCACGUUGUUGGCAUUUUUACUUCUCAACACCGUAGUCGCGCAGAGCGUCGGAUUUUUCGUUGGCGCCUGUUGUCUGGAUCUUCAAGUGAGCAUAACCGCUAGCGCCUUGUACACUCUAGCCACUCAACUUUUGGGUGGUUACUUGGCGACAGCUGUACCACCGUGGUUAGCAUGGGCUCGAUACGCUAGCAUGGUACAUUACGCCUAUCAAAAUAUGCAGAUUCUCGAAUUCGGCGUUGGAGAACCGAUCGCGUGCUCCCAGCCAAGUAAGUUUCUCGAAUGCAAGAACGGUACAACGAUACCUGUGUCGGCAAUAUUGGAGAACCAAGGUGGUGCGAGGGGUUCGGGUUUGCCACUUUGGGCAAACACGGCUGUCCUACUCGCCUUCCUCGUCAUUUUCCGUACCCUCGGUUAUCUCGUUCUGCGUUAUUAUCGCGUACCCAAAUGAGACGGCCCAACAAAGGCGCACCUACUCUAGGCAGCAUACUUUUCAACGUACUCAUCCCGGUUAGACGACACGUCGUGAAAAAAAACCGCCAUCGAUUACGGCGAUCUCGCGAUUAGAUUGUCCGUCGGUCAUUCAAAACGUCGGACCGUUCAUAUUCAUUGUUUCAAGAGACGAGAGAAUAAUAGAUGAUAGGCGCGAGGCUACGACUCCGGAUAGCUAGUCAUCUCUUUCUCUCUUUCGUUCUCUCAUGGCCAUCACCAUUUCGGGCCCUUUUGCCUAUUCUCGACGAUAAGAAGAUAGAAAAUGCUCCAAUUUUUGGCACUAAGAGAUUAGACGUGUUAUUUGCAUUAGUUAUUAUAUACAUACAUACAUACAUGCAUACGUAUAUAUAUAUAUAUAUAUAUAUAUACACACACACACACACACACUUAUAAACGUUGUAUAAUAUAUCUAAAAACUUUAUACGCGUGCGACGAGCAAGGUGAGUCCAAAGGACAAGUGUGUAAAAGUCGAGAAAGAAAGAGAAAGAGAGAGGGAAAGAGAGAAAUAAUGAAAGAGUAGGGGGUUACAAAAAAGGAAACUUUGCGUACGUCAAGGAACACUCGUCUUUUCUCCGUACCUUGUUUCUUUUUCGUUGUUUGUUUUCUUUUUUUUUCUGUAGCGGCGAGAAGGGUAUAAUAAGAAGAAACACACGGCGUACGAAAGGCCGUAAAAACCGACUGAUCGUCUGUGUACGAGCGAUAUAAAAUUUCUCGCUCUAGUAUGUGCGAGAGUGUGAACUUGAAUGGAUGUGCGCGCGUGCUUCUGGGUGAAUGUCUCUACUCGCGUGGUUCGUAAAAGAAUCAGUUGUUAAUAUUUUAUUAUUAUUACUUUUAUUAUAUUAAUAUUAUUAUAUCAUUAUCAUUAUUAUCAUCGGCGUCGUCAUUAACGAGUACAGGUUUAUUUUUACUUUUUAUUACCGCAAUAAUACGUUAAUUGUUUAUCGCAUUACGAUUAUUUGCUACAAAUACUAUCAUUGUUAUCAUCGUCAUCGCCAUCAACGUUUUCAUUACUAUUGGUAACGUCGAUAUCAUAUCAUUACCGCUAUUAUUAUUAUUAUUAUUAUUAUUAUUAUUAUUAUUAUUAUUAUGAUUAUUAUUAUUACUAUUAUUAUUAUUAUUAUUAUUAUUAUUAUUAUUAUUAUUAUUAUUAUUAUUAUUAUUAUUAUUAUUAUUAUUAUUAUUCUCAUUAUAUACGUAUAUAUAUAUAUAUGUAUAUAUUUAUAUAUAUAUAUGCAUGUGUAUAUAUAUGUGUGUACGUGCGCGUAUGUAUGCACACGUACACGUCUUUUGCUGCGCAGAGUAACGUAAUAUAUCGACGUUACGAGAUUUUCGCAUUUUCGACGUGACAAAAUCGUAGUCGAAGUGACGAUUUUGUCGUGUAACUUUUAUACCAAGAACUAGUGACGCGUGUUGUCGUCGAUCCUUUCCAUUACGCUUCAUUUCUCACCCUUCCUUACCCUUUUCUUUCCAUCACGAGGCACACGGUCGUGAAAAGACAGUGUUCGUCGUGUAAUACAGAUAGAUAGAUAAUUGCAGCUAUAUUCGAAAUAUACAAGACUAGCAUGAUUGUGAAGGAACGUAAAGGAAGAAAGGCGCUAGAUCGAGCGCGCGAUUAUUAUGAUAGGUAUCGUGAACUGGACGAACUCGUAAAAAAGCUCGUGAGGAAAGAGCUCGUGUGCUCUUUGCGUUAAAUGUUUGACGAUUAAAGUGAUAUUAGCUUUACGAUACGUUCGUUCGAAUACACGAGUAUUCGUUCGUCGAUGAAUGGAAAAGAAAAAAUAAAAUAAAAUAAAAUAAAAUAAAAUAAAAUAAAGAAAGAGAUAGAGAGAAAGGAGAUACAUAUACAAAAUCGAUGCAUAUCUAUGCGCGAACGAGCAAAUGAUCGCACGAUAGUUCUCGUUCGUUUUUAAAGUAGGGAGGACCAUUUGUACCGGUGAUUAUGAAAAUGAUCCGAGUCGUAUAAUCUCUCGUUUUCAGAUGAUUUCUGACCUUUUAGAUAAUAUUAUAAUUAAAAUGAUAUAAAAGAAAAUAUAAAUGAUAAAUCGAAUGUUGUAUCGUAGUUGACACGACUCGGAGCAUUCUCUUUUGAUCGCUGGCAGACUUUCCAAAUAAAAGAAAAAAAAUAAGAGGAAAAAAAAUAAAUACGACGUAGAAACUCGUCGCGUACUCGAGAGUUGACUUAUCCGCACUUACGAUAUUAGCCGAUAAAGAAUCACGAGAAAUUGUCCAGUACACGCAAAUGCAAUAUCCACCACGUGUUCAAUCGAUUCUCUGUAUGUGUGUUGCGUGUGUGCGUGUCCGUGUAUGAGUGUGAGCGCACGCGCGCGUUGCGUUUACGCGAUGGGGGACAUGGGUGCGUGUGCGAGAAAAAGAGAGGACUCGUAGCCGAAAAAAGUAGGAGGAUAGCGAGGAAAAGAGAGAGAGAGAGAGAGAGAGAGAGAGAGAGAGAGAGAGUGAGAGAGAGUGAGAAAGACAGAAUGGCAACGGGAUGCGUUAAGAAAUAUCUGGCUGUGCGUUGACCGUAGUAUUUCUAUCAAUUUUCUAAAGAAUUCCAAAGGAGGAUUAUAAGGAGCAAAAAGGUGGGAAAGAGGAGAUAAAGCGCACAUAUAUUUAAUUGAGGGAAAGAAGCGUGUUUCGUGCUUACAAUUAGAAGUAACGCUGAACGAGAUGCACAAACAACAUUGUUUUUUUUUUCUACAUGUCGCUCUUCAACCGAAUCCUUUUUUUAAAAGGAACUAUCAUUGAUCUGACAUAAAACAGAGGGAUUGCAUCGAAGAACGAACGGAUCUUCUUCUCUUUGAUCUUCUCUCAUCUUCGAUGCAUUCCAAUCUGACGCAUACCCGUAAAAACGUGCGACCAAUAAUUCAUCGACGUUUCGAGUCGCCUAGAUGUUUUUUCAAAAUUUUGAUAUCCCAUAUAUUGUAAUAUAUACGCUCUACACGACGACAUUUGUAUACGUUUUACAAUAUAGCCUUUUGCAGUCGAAUACCGAGGAACGAUGGUUACAAGCAUCGUUCUAAUACGAACAAUUCAUAGUUUGCACAAUAUCUUUCGUUUUAGUUCAAUCUAUUUUUUCCAAACGGUAUCGUAGAAAAGAGCGCUACGAUCAGUUAUAUAUAUAUAUAUAUAUAUGUGUGUGUGUGUGUAUGUGUGCAUAUAUGUGUAUAUAUACACGUAUAUAUAUGUAUAUAUAUAUAUAUAUAUAUAUAUAUAUAUAUAUAUAUAUAUAUGUAUAUAUGUACGUAAUAUGUAGAAAAGUAUGACAAACGUCACUGUCUAUCGAUUACAUCGUUUUAUUGAGGACCAGAAAGGAUAUCGGUGAUCGAGCUCGACUCAUGUUCAUGAUCUGCGCCUUUUUCUUAGUUUCUAUAAAACAUGAAAUCCAAUGAAUCUUAAAUAACUCGUAACGCUUAUAUAUAUAUAUAUAUAUAUAUAUAUAUAUAUAUAUAUAUAUAUAUAUAUUCCGAAGAAUAGUCAUUAAUGAAGAUAGAAAUCGAUAGAAUUCAUCCGUAAUCUCACGCUCUUAUAUCGCUUACGUUAUCGCGAUAAUUAACAUUUUACGUUUUUUAUUCCGCGAUAAGGAACGUCCGUCGUCUUCAUUCAUAUAUUCAUUUUAUAAUAGCUAUGAAUACGGUUCUUACAAUGAGCACACACGUGUCAUGCUUUUUGCACAAGGCAAAAAAUACGAAAGACUGACGUUUUUUACAUAAAUGUUACGAACAAAAAAAACCGCAGUAAAAGAAAAAAAAAGAAAAGAAAAAAAAAAAAAGAAAAAUUGCGAAGAAUUCUAUCGACAAGAAAAUAAAUGUACUUUGGUCCUUUUACGUGUGGGAUUCUUCCCAAGAAAAGAUUUCUACCGAGAAAAAAUAGUAAAAAGUCUCGAAUCUCGAAUGAGAAAUGAAUGAUGAGAUAAAACAAAAAGGAAAUAUGCUUUCUCGUAUGCAUAUAGGUAUAUGCAUAUAUAUAUAUAUAUAUGUAUAUAUAUAUAUGUAUGUAUGACUCCCUUGGUCGUCCUCGGGCCUCUUAAACGCGAAAAGUGGACUAUUUCAAAGACCCUAUCCACUUGUACGCACAUUUUUUUACUAUCACAGAGAAGAGAAAGGAAUGUUUGUUAUCGCGGAAAAAGAAAAGAAAUGGAAAGGGCUAAACGGCGACGUAAACAAAACUAUUCCGCUUUACUAAAAUAGUGCCUUUUUAUCUAAGACUUUGUUGUUUGUGCCAAUUCUCAACGCGACGGGGAGCGGGGGCAGGAGAGAGAUUUUACCGUGUUCGAGCGUCUUAUAAAAGUACGACCAAGAGUUAAAGGGGGAAAAAAAAAACGAAAAAAGAAAAAAAAGAAAGAAAAAAAACCAAAAAAAAAAAAAAAGAAAAAAUGAGAGAAAAGAAAAAGAGAGACGCGUAACAAAAGAUGCACGAUCGGAACGAAGCAUGGGGAAAGUAAGCGAGCGUUUCGAUGGGAAAAGAGGAGGAGAGGAAAGGAGAAAUGCCAAAAUGUGUUCCAUAGGAUGAAUGUCGUUGAGAGUCCCCGAUCAGUAGCUACUUGUGUAUGGGAAGAACGAAAAAAAAAAGGAUAGCAAAAAGAUGCAGGAUAGUUGGUAAUAGAAAUUAACCGUGGUAAUAAACGUCUACAAGUGAUACGUGUACAAGUACAUAAAAAAAAAAAAAAAGAAAAAAGAAGCAUUCUUUAUUCGUACGUAAUACAUUCUCGUUAUCAACAAAUCGAUAUACAUAUGUACGACAUUAUUGCGCACCGAAUACGAUAUCAUUAACAUGCAUACAUAUACACAUAGUAUGAUCCUAUAUACGCUAUAAUGCGUAUAUAAUGAAUUUCAUAAUCUUGUCCACGAUCCUGUAAAGAAAAAGGAACAAAAAACUCGAAUCGGAUAUCUACCCAUAAUGGUACAACAGCAGCAGCAUCAGCACCAGCAGCAUCACAACCACCACAACCACCACCACUACCACCACCACUACCAUCACCAUCACCACCACCACUCCGUCGAUACCCCAUCGCACGUAAUUUUGUAUAUACAUUAUACAUACACGCAUCUAUUUGUACAUAAUGAUACCUUUAGAGCACUAACAAACGCGGACCCUGUUAUUAUAAUUGAUAUUAUAAUUAACUGAUAGUAUUAUUCCUGUUAUCCAAGUAGUGGAUAUACGGUUUCGCAGUACUGCUAUCUAGAAAAAAAAAGAAAAGAAAAGAAAAUCGUUAUCUAGCGUUAUUACUUGGAUUUUUCCGAUAGCAUUUAACAUCGGUCACUGAUAUGAUAUAAAUAUAUAUUAUACAUAUAUAUGUGUAUAUAUAUAUAUAUAUAUAUGUAUAAUAUCAGUAAAAGUAUCAUUAUUAUUAUUAUUAUUAUUACUAUAACUAUUAUAUUCUAAUCGUCAUCUUCAUCGCAGUCAUGAUGACAACGUCUAUGAGAGACUAAAAUUAAUUUAAACUCCUUACGUUUCAUUCCGAUUACUGUUCUUUGUCUCGAUAGACAAAAAAAAAGAGUAAUCGUUGAUAAUUUUAAUUUUGUUAUCCUUCGAAAGAAUAAUCUCACGCAUUUCCUUUUCCUCGUUUGAAUCUAUUCGAGCUGCAUUCCUUCCCAUUUUUAUCCCUAAUCGUCCUCUGACACAGAGUGGCGCAUAUAAUUUUAUCGCAUAUGAAAUUUUUGCUCCACCCUGAAUCAUAAAUGAUGAUAAAGAAAUUAUUGUAAUGGAAAAAUCCUUCCGAUAAAUUUUCAAACUCUACCUUUCUCGCUCCUACCUCACUCCCUUUGCUCCCAUAAACUUGUGUACAUGUAUGUGUGCGAUCACGCGUCCGCGUAACGACAACAUUCGAACGGAGAUGAGAAAAGAAAUAUAGUGGUUAAUCGGUUUUAUAAACCAAUCGUAAGAUCCGAAAUGCUUUGAUAGAAAAAAAUUGCGGGAAUGUAAUAAUUAUUAUUAGAAAUUUGCUCCGUUCGAUCGAUCGAGGAUCGUAUCGAUAAAGACCGAUCCUCGUUCGACGAAGGUACUGAUAAACGAAUCGACGUGUUAUCGUUAAGAACGGAAACCUGUUGAUCGAAGAAAAAGAUAUAUAUAUAUAUAUAUAACGUGAUUCUUCCUCGAAGGUGUUAAAGCUUGAAAAAAAAAGAAAUAAAUAAAUAAAUAAAUAAAGAAAGAUGGAAAAGGGUGGGAGGAGGAUGAUGAUGAUGACGACGUAUCGGCGAUGCGUUGAAGCUAAAAUAAAAGCAACCAGAGCGGAGAAUGUAUAUAUAAUAAAAUUGGAGUCACUGGCUGUGCUGUGUAAUUUGUUAAUGGCAAUGUGAUAUAUAUUAUAUAUGCAUAUAUAUAUACAUAUAUAUCUCUAUAGAUCUACGACCGCGGCUAUACAUCCAUAUUCGUUCGAAGCAUUGUUUCGUGAUAGAUCGUUUUAAAAUUAAUCAUAAAAAGAUCGUUUCUUGGUAAUAAUUGUUGAUAUAUAUAUUAACAAAUUGUUUGAUCUUUACGAAUUGCUUCGAUUCGAGCGAUUAUUUGGCAUCGUCCAAAGACAGAAAAGAAUGAAGGAGACAAACUAAUCUCGCCUAAUCGCCAAUAGUACGUGCGUAUGUGUGUACGUGUACAUAUAAAGACAUAUUUAUAAUAGCAACAGCUUCUGCGUUAAAGCCAUUUUACCGGAAUCUCCAUGUUCACGAAUAUAAAGAUUGCCAAGGAAUAAGAGAUAGGAAAUAGAGAAAAAAGGGUUAGAAGAAAGGACACGACAGUGCUAAAGGCGAUCUUUGCGAAUAUAAAUCGUAUUGAGUCGUGAUGGAACGGGCAUCUAAAUAAAUACAUUAUCCACAUAAUAAAAAUAUGAUCGAUGAUAAAAGAUAAUAUAUCUAAAGAAUUACAUUGAACUAACGAAAUGAAAUAACAGGGAGAAAAGAGAAAUGCUAGUUGUGUAUGCCGAUACCUCAAGCCUGAUCCAGAUCGAUCUCUUUGAUCUCGCUGAGAGGAGGCACCGUCGUGCGAUCGAUCGAUCUCUGAGAGAUCUUCUCCGCUAUACCGCACUGCCAUUAUCUUGAUAACGUUUUUAUAAAGCCGCACGAGUCUCGGCGAGUUCCAAUAGGCGAGGAAAAAGAGACAAAUCUCUUUUCGAAUUUAUGAUUCAUCUGAAAUGGAAUUCGAGCGAGACGCGCUCGAGUCGGAGACGUAAAAAGAAACUCACAGAGAGAGAGAGAGAGAGAGAGAGAAAAAGAUAGAUUUUUCGGAAAGAUGCAGCUCCAGUGUCGAGUUUUUUUUCGAAAAGAAAAGUUGCUGGCAACUUUGAAAAUGCGACGACGUAAAAUUUGCUAUUCCUUUCCAUUAUUAUACCUAUGCUUCGUCGCGUCUCGGAUGUUGUAAAUCGCGAAUAAAGUAAUGCACGUUACAUCGUCUUUACGCACUGGAGCCGUCUUUGAAAAAAAAAAAAGAAAAGAAAAAAGAAAAGACGAAAAAAAAAAAAGGAAAUUUUCUUUUCAACGCGCUUUGUCGUCGUGGUCGAAAAACUUGAGACAUAUUGCGUGUCACGUUCGAUAGAGAAGUACGAUCGAUUCGAUUCGUUUUCCGGCCUUUAAAAAAGGUUUCAAGAAAGGGAGAAAUUGAAUAUAUCUAUGAAUCGUAGACGAUAUGAGUCACCCUCUAUAAUAGACGCUUAUUGGUGAAAGCAUUUUUUUGUUAUUUCAUUGAAUUGAAAGAAAGAGAGAGAGAAAGAGAGAGAGAGAGAGAGAGAGAGAGAGAGAGAGAAAGAGUGAAAGUGAGUACGUAUUGAGAGAGCGAGUGCAUGUUUGUGUGAUAUCUAAGACGAUAAACGCUCAUCCUUCAACAACUACAUAUAUGCAAUAUAAAAAUGAGUAUAUAUAUAUAUACAGAACAAAGCUGCGAGAACCAUUUGUCCUAGUCCUAGUAUUCGAACUCAUCACCAUAAUUUAUAACCGAUUUUAAUUUAAAAUUAAUAAAAUGAUGUUAUAUAUAAUAU